CAUAGAAACGUACCUUGCGAUCGAAUCGCGACCGCGCGUUCCUUUCGCAUUUAAUAUAAGUUACAUGUGUGUGUAUGUAUCGAAUCUUGUAUAGUCUUGCAGCCCUACCGCAGUCUCAAAUAUUGACACGACCUGCGAUGAACUCGUGUAACGUCUUUUGACAUUCAAAUUCGACAUUCGCGCCGGAAGUUGUAUCGCAUCGGAAGAUCGUUGAUUCGUUGGUGUAUGAUGUUCAUUUGAAGAAAACAGCUGAAUAGAUAUAAAUAAUGGCCUUCCAAUUGGACGAUCUUCUAAAGGAAGAUAAGAAGGAUGCAAAUUUAUUACCUGAUCUAAGUAAAGCAAUUUGUAAUUCUCAAGAAGAGUUCCGACGACUUCUGGAGAAUUGUCCUGAAUUUAAAAUUAAACCAGAAAAGGUAAAAAAAGAAGAUGCAAAAGUGCGUGACAAAGAAUUUUCUUGGAAACCAACUAAAAAAGAGUUGAAAGCAUUUGGAAAAGAAUGGAAUUACGGAAAUCCAAUACCUCCAGAUAUGAAAGAUUUAAAUCUUCACGAAUUACAACAAGUUGCUAUUGAUUGGAGAAUGUUAACACCUAUCAGACCAAAAAAUCGACAAGAUGAAGAAAUGUUCUCUAGAUUAGUGGAAAUGGGAAAACUGGAAGCAAAAACAAUUGCUAAAGAACAACGAUCAAUUAUAAGUCCCAUUAGACGUACUAAAAAUCGUGCCGGUAUGAUUGAGAGUAGCGUAAAAAUAUGUAGUGAAUGUGGAGAAGAAUAUUGCCUUGGUGAAUUUUGUGGCGAUGUUAUAUAUGAUUUAUAUGUAAGAAUAAAUGUGACGGUUCAACAACCGAAAAUAAAAAUAUCCGCUGAUACUGAAGCAAUAAUAGCUAAUAUGGAUCGUAAAAAGAAACGCAAGAGGAAAAAGAGAAUAAAAAUUAAAAAUACUAGGAAAAAUGGUAGAUUAUUAAUUCGAAGCAAAAGAAUGAAAUCUAUAGCUAAUGAUUUAGGAAGAAAAAGUAAUAAAGACAAGUUAGAGAAUAAUGAGAACAAUUCAAAGCCUAUUAAACCAUUUAAAAGAAAAUGCAGUAAAUAUACUAAAAAAGGAUUUCGAAAAUAAAUAUAAAAGGUAA